UAAUCAUGUUUAACCUUAACUCGUUACACCUGACUGCUACCUGUCUGGCUUUCUUUGAAAAGGACGUUCGUAAUAUCAUGUUUUAUUGAGUGGAUAUAUUAUAAAUAUUUGCAAAUAUAAACGCUAACAUGUUUGAAUUGUUAGAUAUUGCAAGUGUAAUUUGUGCCUUAAUAACAUUGUACGCGGUAGGCAGAUGGGCAUUCAGUAAGAAGAAAUACCCGCCGGGUCCUUGGGGAUUUCCCGUCCUAGGUCACUUGCCACUGCUCGGCGCUAGCCCUGAGAUUACGUAUCUGAAAUGGUGGCAGAGCUACGGAGAUGUUUUUCGAAUACGCUUUGGAAGCUGGAACUGUAUUGUAAUUAAUGGAUACGAGGCAAUCAAAGACGCCUCUGAAAGAGCGGAUGAUGUCUUCUCGGGGAGACCUAAUUUUGUGUCAAGUAUUGCAUUGAAAGAAGCAUAUGGUGGCCUUGGAAGUAUUAGUUUCGCUGAUUUCUCCCCGAAAUAUCGACAACUAAGGAAACUAACAGCCACCGCUUUAAAGAACUACAUGAAUACCUGCGACUAUUCACCGGAAGAUUUGUUUGUAGAUGAAGCAGGCAAACUGCUGCAGUUUAUAGAUGACCUGCCUUUCCCUAUUUGUGAUGAUGUUGAAAUCGCCGUUGAGAAUGUAGUUUAUCAGAUGUUGUAUGGAAAAGGAAAGGAAAGCGAAAUAAAAUCGCAUGUAAAGCUUAUUGUUGAGGCGUCAGCUGCUUUUGUCAAGUUUGUCAGUGCAGGCAGUAUAGUUGAUGUCGUUCCCUGGCUGAAAUAUAUCAUGAAAGGAAAAGUGGAGGAUUUCAAAAAAGCAGCACUGGCGACUGAUUGGAUAACAAGAGCUAAAAUAAAGGAACAUAAAGAGACUUUUCAGAAAGGUCAAACAAGAGAUAUAUUGGAUGCUUUAUGUGCGUUAUCUAAGGAUCUUCCGGAAACCGAAACUGCAGACAGUAUUUCCAGUCAGCUUUUAAUGUAUCAAGCUACUGCUAUACAAGGCGCCGGGUUCGAGACCAUGUCUCGCACAUUGCAGUUGCUCCUUUUAUACAUGGCGGCAUAUCCAGAAUUACAAAAACGUGUUCAGAAAGAGGUCGAUGACGUAAUAGGUAGCAAGACCGUUUCUUGCAAUGAUCGUUCGAAUCUCCCGUAUUUAGAUGCCACAAUACAGGAAGUGAUGAGGAAAACGACAAUCGUUCCAUUUGCAAUACCGCAUUGUACCACUGCUGACACGAAGCUGCGCGGUUACGAUAUUGACAAAGGGACAGUUGUCUUCUUUAAUCUUCACUCCGUUGCAAAUGAAAAAUCGUUUUGGGGCGACCCAGAAAAUUUUCGUCCGGAAAGAUUUCUAAAUGAUAACGGGAAACUUGAUGCAACAAAAUCCUCACACGUUAUGCCAUUUGGUGCCGGAAGACGGCGAUGUAUUGGGGAAGUAUUGGCUAAAAUGAACUUAUUUAUUACCUUUACGUCAAUGAUGCAACGAUAUUCAUUCAUAUAUCCGGAAGCAAGCCAUCUUCAAGCUUCUCUGGGCCAUUCCCCUACGCUGGAGCAGUACAAGCUUAUAGUGCAGAGAAGAAGUUAGCGACCUCUGUGUAGACUGGAAAAAUUAACUUUGAAUAACAUGGUACAAUCUGUUGUUUAAUUGCUUGUUCAUUUCUUAUUUAAAUCAAGGAGAUAAUGUAUGUAUAAAAAAAUAGAGGGAUUUUUCACAAGAUAUUUUUCAAAACCAAUUUGAUGUUUAAAAAGUCUGCACUCCAUACAUUUACUUCAUUGCUCUACGGUAGAAUACCAUCUAUUUGCUUAUCAAUAGGUAAUUCUAACAUUACACUUUUAAUAAGGCUAUACUUGCCUUUAGAUCCUUGUUUAGCAAUAGAUUAUUUUGCUCUGAAAAAAAAGAGCCACCUCUACUAAUAUUAACCCCAAAAGACUUAUGUUCGUCUACAAUUUCUAACAAUUCAUUCUAAUAUUAGGUAAAAUUAUAUGGCAUGCAUCGAAAAAAAAAACAACAAAAACUUUAGUUUCCAAGUAUCACAGUAAUCUUUGUAUGUAAAUAUACAAUGCUUCUUGUAAGUCAGCGGCUGUUUCAGCCACAAUUACAGUAUCGUAAGUAACAUCAUGUGAUUUAACUUUGGAUCAGGGUACGGUACAUCUUUUAAAAGCCGGUACGAUACUGAUAAAAAAUGAGAGUCAGAAACGGUUAGUUGAUAUGUAUAUUGAUUUCCACGUUGAAGUUUGAAUCAAUAUCCAUAGAUUGGAUCUCUAUGUUAGUACAGCUGAUAAAGACCAACGACUACAUACUUCUUUGCCCUUUAUGAAAAUCAUUCUGAUAAAACAGCCAUCGAAACCAUAAGCUGUCGUGUGUGUUUGUGUUUGUGUGCGUGCGUGCGUGCGUGCAUGCGUGCAUGCGUGUGUGUGUUUGUGUAGGUACAUGCGUGCGUGUUCAGCCUGAGCGUCUUUUUCAACAAGUUUUCAGUAAUAAACGACGGUGUCUGCUUGUAUCAUUGAGAACAAUGCUCAACGUUAUAGUGCUGUCUCACUUGAAUAUCAUGCCAUAGACACGUGACGUAAUACCCCAUCCAGUGACAUUAUAAUGACACUGCUAGCUUCUAGUACCUUUUUCACGUCUUUGGUAUGACACGGCCAGGGAGCGAAUGAACGACCUCCCGCUCUCGAUAGAGACAGUAUAAUUAACUCUCUUUGACAGUAUGUUUACAACUUUAUUAGCUUCACUUGUUUCAUCUUUUGCAUUCACCGAGAAUUUUCAGUGCAUUUUGCAGUUUUAAAAACUAUUGAAUAAAAUUACACACCAUAGAAACAACAUUUGGUCAGAACAUGCACCAUGUGAUAGCUAUGUGUAAUAAUUACAAGCCGUUUUACAAUUUAUUCACUGAUAAUAUAGAAGGUCUAAAGCUGUUAAUUUGAGAUAGACAUAUCUGUGUAUGGUCGUUUCGAAGAUAUCUUGCCGUAAAAAUGAUACCCCUUUAUGAGUUUAUGUUUGUGUCAUAGGGUGAAUUCCGUACUGUACCUUUUGCAUUAUAUGUUGCCGGACUAUUUUCGUUUAAUAUGCAUGACCUGACACAGUUCCAUAAAUAGCGCACACAAAAACUACACUCACUUCUGUCUUAACAUCGAUAAACAAAAAAGAUUUUGUUUAAACAAAAAAGUGGAGGGUCAUUAUAGCAGUAGCUAGAUCUUAGAUUUUGUUCUCUGUUAUCGUGGAUUUUGCCAGGUCGGAUCACACUCGCAAUCCGAUAUGGCUAAAUCCACUCCAGCCGAAUACAGCAUCACAGAUCAAGCUACUGUUAUAAUAACCCUAUUAUCUGUAAGAGUGUAUCUGUCCCAUAAAGUAUUCGAAAUAUUCAUCGACUUCUGUUGAUGUAUAUUACUACUGACAGCAGCCCGGCGCCACUUCAUAGCUAGAACUUACAGAUAAAGAAAGUUCGCUACAGAAGUCGACGGAAAAGAGCAAGUUGUGUUUUAAAACUGGCAACAUGGGUACAAGUGCAAGCACUUGAUUUGAUUGAGAUAGCUUGAGAAUACAGAGUGUUAGUAAUAUUGUUCUGUGUUUGUAGCCGAGUUUGUUAAUAACUGCCACCGGCGGACAUCCGGACGAGCAGUUUGUAACGUUGACAUGUUGUUCUAAGUGGAUAUCCUGUGUUGAAAUUACCUAAAUGUUAUGUUCUAAGUUCUAUUUCGGUUCAUCUCAUACAAUCAUUGUUGACCAACCUUUGGUGAACAUUUUCUGGUCGUUGCUGAUUGGCUGAUUGUCCAAGGCAGACAAAUCAGAUGGAGGCUACAGUUGACUCAGUUAUGGCUCUAAUUUCUUUGAAAUAAUUUCCAUCGCUGCUAACAUGUAUAGGAUGUAUAGGAUACUCCGGUACUUCUCCAAUAUCUAGGUUAAAACGGUCUGGCCGAUUGUUAUACAGCUCGCCGUUGCAGACGCCCAGAAUGCUGGUCGCUACAAGUUUUCAUCCAUCGUCGACGUCCGGUUGGGGGCCUGUAGU